AUGCAUCGAAGAGUGGGCAGACCAAAAUCCAAGACCGGAUGCAUUACUUGCAAAAUCCGCCAUGUUAAAUGUGACGAGGAGAAGCCGGAAUGCAAUCGAUGCGCCCGUUCCGGCCGCAAGUGCGAUGGCUACAACGACUCCUCGCAGAGGCAGCUCCACGAAGAACUGGACAAGGGUUCCCGUCAACCAUGGAGUGUCCGCUCAGAUCGCUUAGUACUAGUCCCCGGCUCACGAAAAGAGCGUCAAUAUGUACACGUCUUCUGUACACAGGCCACCCGUACACUAUCGGGCUUCUUCCCAUCCGAUUUCUGGACUCGCUUUCUUCCCCAACUCAGCCAUCGAUACCCCACAAUACGGCAUGCGGUCUCUGCGGUCGGCGCUGUCUAUGAGCGACAGUUGCUUCCCGCCAACGCGGACUCGACUGCGUUUCCUCGAGGAGACGAGGGCACCACAGACAGGGGGGUCGACUUGACGUUGGUGACCUGCUUGUUAUUUGUUUGCCUCGAGACACUCCGAUCUCAGAACCCACGAGCCUUAGAUCACAUCCAGAGCGGCGUCCAGAUCGUGGCCGGGCGGUUGCGGGAGAAGAGAUCGGUGAACAAUGAGUUUGAUCGGGAGCUCUUACAUUGGUUCUCUCGACUCAACAUCCAGACGUGCUUCUGGGGACGAGGCAUUCUGCCCCUGGAUAUUUGCCCGGAAAAGUCGACUAUGGCGCCCGGGAAGAUGCUGGUCUUCGACAAUAUCUCACAGGCGCGAGAAAGUUUGACCGACCUCCAAAGCCGGACUUUGAUCUUUAUUCGGUUCGUCGGAAGUAAAAGCGGGAUCACAUACCAGGAUGUCGAUGACCAGCAGAGACAGGCGCAGCAAGCUUUGGAGGCAGAAUAUCAUACAUGGCGCGCAGGUUUUGAUCGGCUUCAGAAGAGAUCUGCGAAACGCGCGGGCAUUCCCGAUCCACGCGCUCCGCUAGUGCUCCUAGUCGAAUACCAUACCUCCAUCGUCUGGGUCCUCAAUUGCAUUUCCCAAGAAGAGUCCAACUUCGACAAAUACUAUUCCAACUUUGAAGAAAUUGUCGCGUUAGCCGACAAGAUCAUCGACUGCGGCCCGGGGUGGGAAUCGAAGCCUGCGGCGGAGCAAUUGUCUCUGGAUGCAGGCGUGUUGGCCCACCUCUACUGGACCGCCCAGAAAUGCCGCCAUCCUCUGAUCCGGCGAAGAGCCAUCCAGGUUCUGGCGCGGUGUCCCGCAAGACAAGGAAUGUGGUUACGACCGUUAAUGGUGCAGGUGGCAUCCAAGAUCGUGGAGAUGGAAGAAGCGCCGCUUGUAUGCUUGCCGGUGGAAGAGAGAAUCGUCGAGGAGCAGCAUCGUGUCUACGAGACAUUAAUUUACCCGGAUGACUCCCAGAAGAAUCCGUGCCCGGUUCAUUUCUUGUUCAAGCCGCACGGAGUGACUGGGGGGUUCGAGAGCCGCUGGGCAGAUGUGGCGUGGUGA